AAGGUCAAGAUGCAAACAUUCCCAGAAGUUUACCCAUCGGCGUGGAAAUGCCUUAAAAUUACACUUGCCAAAGAUGGAAUUGUCCGUGGUAUUAUGCAGGAACUGUCCCUUCAUUAGUAGCUAAUGUUGCUGAGAAUGCAGUGUUGUUUGUGCUCUCCCGCCCUCACAACACAUUAUCGCGAAAGUCUGCGGCACGGAUCAUAAACAUCUUUCUGUUACUCAGCAUGCUUUUGCAGGGAGCUUAGCUGCUUUCUGGUCAAGUUUAACUCUGUGUCCAACUGAACUAGUGAAGUGCAAGUACAGUCGUUAAGAGAAAUGACUGAGCUUGGACAUUUGAAAAGCGAUUCAAAACACAUUGGUCCGUGGGCAGUGACAAAGUCAAUAUAUAGAGAAAAAGGACUCAGAGGAUUUACCUGCGGUUUAAGUGCAACAUUUGCUCGAGAAAUGCCAGGUUAUUUCUUUUUCUUCGGUGGAUACGAAGCAUCUCGAACAUUAUUGACUCCAGUCAACGGACGUAAAGAAGACCUAGGCCCAGUCAAAACAGUGAUUUCAGGUGGAAUAGGUGGCGUCUCGUUAUGGAUGGCGAUAUUUCCAUUCGACGUUGUAAAGUCACGCAUGCAAAUCGGACACCAUACUACUACUUCAAAUAUUAAUGGAAAUCAAUCUAAGAAUCAAAACAUGCUAUCAGUUCUAUUAGACAUCAAGAAAAACGAAGGAUUUUUUGCACUUUAUCGUGGCCUUGGUCCAACAAUUCUGAGGACAUUUCCAGCAACUGGAGCUUUAUUCUUAGCCGUAGAAUGGACUCGCAAAUGCGGAAAUUGGUUAUUGAACUGAAAGAAGAAACAGGAACAAAAAAACAGCCACUUGUCUUUCAUAUCUUUUCGUCAUGUAUUUUUGAUUAUUUUUCUUGACUUUGCUUUGGUGUAAUUCUUCUUCUAAAAACUUAAUUCUAGUGUGUGAAUCAGCUGGUUGUGCAUUUUUGGGAAAAGAAUGACAAAUCUUAGAUAGCCCUUUUUUAUUGUUUGUGUUUACAAAGUAUUAUCGAUUUAGUGUAUUUUUUGAAUUUUUAUUUUCUUUCUACACGAUUAUAUGUCAGGUUAACUGGUAAUUUCCUUUAUAAAAUACGUAUGCUUUGUGAAUUAAAUGAUAUGAUGUGUGUAUUAACUAAUGAUGAAGCUCUGCUUUUCAUUGGUAGUGCAUUUUUAAAACAUACCUUUUGCACCUCCUGAUGAAUACUAUUUUUUCUAAAUGGAAGAAUUUAGAUUUCGAAGAAUAAAAAAUGUUUUUGUUUCCUAAA